AUGGCUGCGGAUCCGACCGAAGACGACCAGCAUGCGGUGACACGUGGAGGGCCCGGCAACGGCACAGAAGCCGCCCAGCACGUAAACGACCGCGAUGUCGAAGACGAUGACGAUGAAGGCGACGACGACGACGCGGACGAGGAGCCCAAGCUCAAGUAUAGCCGAUUGACGAGCAGUCUGGGGCCUGUGUAUCGCAAUGGCGACGCGACCAGUUCCUUUCUAGUUGCGGGAGACAAGAUGAUUGUCGGUACACACAACGGCAAUAUACACACCCUCACCAUUCCGUCCUUUCAAAUACUGCGCACCUACAACGCCCACCCCUCUGCCUCAGUCACCUCCUUGUCAGUGUCGCCUCUACCACGCACACAGUCCUUCAUCAACCAAGUUGGCUCGCCCAAUAGAGCCCCAGAGGCUGAAGCGCCACCGAGAAAGGCUGCGCCCCAUGCUGGCCGCGACCCUCGCAGGCCACAGCAAAACCCAGUCCCGCCAACUCCUUCGAACCAGAUUUACAUCGGUUCUGCCUCAAUAGACGGUCAUGUCUGUGUGUCCUCGCUGGUUGACCCCAAAGACGUCACGCUGCGCAACUUCGCCCGGCCUGUCCAAGCCGUAGCGCUCUCGCCAGAUUACAAAAACGACCGCUCAUAUCUGUCAGGAGGUCUGGCUGGCGAGCUGAUCUUGACAAGCGGAGGUCCCAUAGGUACUCGCGCAAAUGCGAAUACCAGUUCAGCAUCACAAGCCGCUGCUGGAUGGCUCGGGGCCAUAGGUCUUGGCGGUAACAGUGGUAGAGACACGAUUCUGCACUCUGGAGAAGGUUCCAUUAGCACCAUCAAAUGGUCCUUAUCUGGAAAAUAUGUGGUGUGGGUCAACGAGGAAGGUAUUCGGUUCAUGCGCACGAACUUGUUCCUGGAUAGCGCAGACUCUGAGCUGGCUUGGAAACGAAUAGGCUUUGUCGGAAAGCCCAAUCGUCGUGUCUGGCAGGAUAUGGCUGCGUUGUGGAAAGCAAGAGUCGAAUGGGUCGACGACGAAUCACUGGAGUCUGAUGAUGAUGCCAUCAUGAGCAUGAACGAUCAUCGUGACCACGGCAAGGUCGAAUCCACCCUGCCACAUCAACGAACAAACAAACGAGGAAAAGGACCCAAGAAAGAAAAGGUGGAGAAGUUAGUCGUGGGUUGGGGAGAUGCCGCCUGGAUUAUCCAUGUCAUCCCUGGAGAGAUAUUUGGUAAUGGCAAGCAGACCGGCGAAAGGUCCCCUGGCAGCAUCGAAGUUCCUCACCAUCUUAAGUUUGACGAUUGUAUUGUUUCUGGCAUCUCGCUUUAUACCCCUUCCCUACUUCUAGUUCUUGCAUACCGAACACACGACGAUGACGACAACCCCGUUGAGACAACUCCACGACGUGGAAUGCAUCGACGUGCAAAUGGCCUAUCCCCUGAACUCAAACUCAUCGACGCUGUAACACAGGAAGAGGUCGAGGUUGACUCUUUGACAGUCAGCAGGUUCGAGACUCUCUCCGCAGCCGAUUACCACCUAGGAACGCUAUACGUACCGCAUCCCAAGGCCAUGACGCCUGCACAGAAGAGCGCACUAGAGGCUAUUGGAGGGGGGAUAUGGGAUGCCGGCGUCAGCGCAACAAGGAUAUUCAGUUCCGGCGCCAGUGUUCUCAAUCUCCCAAUAGGUUCAGAUUCGAGGCCACCGUCCUUGUCUUCCGCCAGUGGCACUGUACCAUCCACGACUGCUCGUGGACGACAAACGCCAGUACAUCCUAAUGCUGCAACAGCCGGUCUGAAGGUCUUCAUACAUAGUCCGUACGACUGUGUACUAGCCAUUAAGCGCGACCUUGCAGACCAUUUUACUUGGGAGCUGGAGCACGAGAACUACAAAGAUGCCUGGGAGCUUCUGGAAGAUCAUCCAGAAGUUAUCGGUUCCGCCAGUCAAUCGGUCGCAGAAACCUCGCCGGCCAGCACGCCUCUCCAAAAACAGGGAAGUCUGCAGGACUUCUUCGCCGACGAAAGCGAGUCUCAAGAUACAGUCUCCGCCGCAAGAGCGAACCAAAACACUGCUGUCGAGAAGGAGAAGCGACGCGUAGGUGAUCUUUGGGUCCAGCAGCUUGUGAACGCAAACGACUGGAAGAAAGCUGGAGAGAUCGCUGGAAGAGUUCUAGGCACUUCAACUAGGUGGGAGCACUGGGUCUGGAAGUUUGCGCAAACCAACCACUUCAACGAGAUCUCGCCUUACAUACCCACCAAGCAGAUGCAGCCACCGCUACCUUCUAUGGUAUAUGAGGUGAUUCUUGGGCACUACAUUAUCAACGACCGAAUACGGUUCAAGCAUCUGCUCGAAGCAUGGGAUCCAGAACUCUUCGAUAUCAGCAGCGUUAUCGAAGCCAUCAAAGCCAAGCUGGCUGCUGGUGAUGUGACCGAAGACUCUAUUGAAGGCAACGAACAAGGCCGGGACUGGCGUAUCCUACAAGAUGGUCUUGCGAAGCUGUAUCUCGCGAGUGGCCGCCAAAGAGAAGCACUGCGCUGCUACAUACGCCUGCAAAACGCCGAUGCCGCCAUGAGCAUCAUUCGUGAUUUCCACCUCGUGGAAGCUGUCAGAGAUGAUAUCCCUGGUUUUAUCCUGCUGCGUGUGUCUAGAGAGCAGAUGGCAUCAGCACCGCUGGCGGAACUGGAGGAGGCGUCCUCCGAGACCAUCAACGUGCUUGUGGAAGAGGGCUGUCGUGGGACCAUUCCAGCUGACGAUGUUAUUACUCAGCUCCAAGAGAAGAAAAAGAAGGACUCGUUCCAACCUUUUCUGUUCUUCUACCUGCGACGGCUGUGGAAGCCAGAACUGCAUGAGCGCAAGGCUAGAACUGCAAAAGAGCGAGUUGCUGAGGAUCGUCUCGCUGCUGAUGGAAAACUCGUUGCCGAAGGUUUCUCAGAUCUCAUGGUCGAGCUGUUUGCAGAGUACGAUCGCCCGCUGUUGAUGGAGUUCCUUCGCAAGUCGCAAAGCUUUGACCUGAGCAAAGCCACGGCCAUCUGCGAGAGUAGGGAGUACAUUCCCGAGCUUGUACACAUACUCUCAAAGACUGGUCAGACCAAGCGCGCCUUGUACCUGAUCAUCGAGAAGCUGUCUGAUGUCAGCUUUGCCAUAUCUUUCGCAAAAGAACAAGACGACCCGGACCUGUGGAAUGAUUUGCUCGACUAUUCCAUGGACAAACCGCAAUUCAUCAGGGGUUUGCUGGCAGAAGUCGGCACAGCCAUCGACCCCAUUCAGCUCGUCCGUCGCAUCCCUGAGGGUCUUGAGAUUGAAGGGCUGAGAGACGGCAUUGGCCGUAUGGUCCGCGAGUACGAGAUCCAGCAUUCCAUCUCAGAGGGGGUAGCCAAGGUGCUACGUGGUGAAGUAGCAGCGGGCAUGGACACGCUCCGUGCAGGACAGAAACGAGGGGUCAAGUUUGAAGUCAUGCCCUGUGACGAAGAGUCAGACGCAUUACAGGGGAAGUUGCCUGGUGCGCAGAAUGGACUAUCCAAGGGCAAAGAGGUGGACAUGCGACCCAAGGGCGUUGAUCCAAAGUUGGCUGCAAAAGUACUUAGCAGCGGCAACACUACCGCAGCUACAUCGACCAACCCAGCACCUGUAGCUGAUCCCGCACCAGCGGAGGACCCGAGCGUCGAAGCUCCACCAGGUCACUGCACGGGCUGCGGCGAACCCUUCACUCUACCCACCGCAGAGGAGGAAGAAGUCAUAGAUAUCCCGCUACCCAAGUCCCGCGAUACGCUAGUCGGAUUCGCGUGCGGCCACGUCUUCCACCUCAGCUGCCUGCUACCCAAGACGAGCGCCAGCGCCAGCGUCGCCGCAACGCUGCAGCAACAACUAGCGAGCGACGCGGUGGAGAGCGGCGGGCGAUGGAGCCGCAGCGUCGGCGCAAAGGUCGCACACGCCCAUGUCAUCAAGAGCGCAAUUGGACGCGGUUGUGUUGUCUGCCGCGAGCGCGAUCAGAUGGUCGGCGAUGAGUAG